GGGAACCUGUGGUAUGGGAACCUGAUUUAUGGCUGUUGCAUCUGAAGGUCUAUUUUUAUUCUGAAGAGUAAGUUUUGGGGCUCAAAAAGGGUUCCUGCUGUUGGUUUGUUUGAGACUGAAGGCUUGAUCUGUUCCUGCCAGAAGCACUGAUGGGAAUUGUAAGCAUUUGCUGCUUCAUUUGUUUUCUUGCUGGAUCUUGUUUCAGUUCUGAGAUGUGAAAUUAAGAUUUUGUUUUGGUUAGCUGAAGAAAAGGAGCUGCAUAUGCUGGUGGGGUAACUAAUUGUAUCCCAUGACAGAUGCAGUUCCCUGUAAUUCUCUUUUCUCCAACAUCUUUCUUAGAUGCUUUUCUGCUUCUGCUCAAAUUAACCAUAAUUUUGUUAAAGAAGUGAAGUUGUUAGUAGUUUCCAAAGUGUAGUUCUGAGGAAAUGUUCAGUGAACAUACAGAUGCCCUGGAGAAUGCUCUGGGCUGGACCCGGUCCAGAUCUUGCUGCACUGGUACUCCCUCAUUUUGUUCUUUUAAGGCUUUGUACUUGCAGCAAGGUAUAAAGUUGUAUGUCACAGGGAUGUCUAUCAAAAACAAGCACAUAAAGGUGCAUUGCAUGUGAAUGCUUAAAAAAUAGAGUGGCUGCUGUAACUUACAGAGUGUUCAAGCUCUCUCAGGUGUCAGUAAACUCUACAGACAUGUCCGGAAAGAUUGGAAAACUCCUGUACUCCCUGCUAAUGAACAGACCUGUCCCAUUGCAGUGGGAGAGGAAAUCCAGUCACUGAAGCCAGCAUCAAGCCAGAAAUCAGGACGCGUCAGCAGGAGCUGCCAAGGUCCGGCAGGGCUGACCCACAGCAGAACUGAACCAGAGGCUUCGAGUGUGGGAGCAGAGCCCAGAGGAGCAGAGAGGGCUGAGCCUGGGCUGGGCGCGCCAUGGGGGCGAGCAGCUCCAGCAGGGCACCCCCCUCUGAUGGGAACGAGGAUGUUACCUUCGACCAUUUUGAGAUUUUGCGAGCUAUUGGGAAGGGCAGCUUUGGAAAAGUCUGUGUGGUGCAAAAGACUGACACCAAGAAGAUGUACGCCAUGAAAUACAUGAACAAACAGAAGUGUGUGGAGCGAAAUGAAGUGAGAAAUGUUUUCAAGGAGCUGCAGAUUAUGCAGGGCCUGGAACACCCUUUCCUGGUUAAUUUAUGGUACUCAUUCCAGGAUGAAGAGGAUAUGUUCAUGGUGGUUGACCUGCUGCUCGGAGGGGACCUGCGCUACCACCUCCAACAAAACGUGCGGUUCCAAGAGGCGACUGUGAAACUCUUCAUCUGUGAGCUGGUGCUGGCCCUUGACUACUUGCAGAGCAGGCACAUCAUCCACAGGGAUAUCAAGCCCGACAACAUUUUACUGGAUGAGCGCGGACACGUGCACGUCACUGAUUUCAAUAUUGCCACCAUGCUGACCAAGGAGAGCCCUGUCACCACCAUUGCUGGCACCAAGCCCUACAUGGCGCCUGAAAUGUUCAGCUCCACAAAACCCACCAGCUACUCCUUUGCCGUGGACUGGUGGUCGCUGGGAGUCACUGCCUAUGAGCUGCUCAGAACCCGGAGGCCGUACCACAUUCGGUCCAGCGCUUCCCCGGGUGACAUCGCUCGCGUGCUCGGGACGGCGGCGGUGGCGUUCCCGGCGGCGUGGAGCCCGGGCAUGGUGGGGCUCCUCAGGAAGUUGCUCGAGCUGAACCCCGAGAAACGUUUUUCUCAGCUCAAGGACAUCCAGUCCUUCCCGUACCUGUCUGAUGUGAACUGGGAUGCUGUUCUCCAGAAAAGAAUACUGCCAGAAUUCAUUCCUGUGAAAGGCAGACUGAACUGUGACCCGACCUUUGAACUGGAAGAAAUGAUCCUGGAAUCCAAACCUCUUCACAAAAAAAAAAAGCGCUUGGCUAAGAAGGAGAAAGACACAAGCAAAAGCAAUUCAUCCCAGGCCAGCCACCUCCAGAAGCACCUGGAAAUGCUCCAGAGAGACUUCAUUGUUUUCAACAGAGAAAAGGUAAGACCCCACCAUGACAGCAUCCAAGAGACCAUGACAAAAAGUGGCGGCCCACACAGGGAGGACAAUCAGAACAUCAACCUCUGAGAGCAGCUCAGCCCCUGCAGGGGACUCCUCGUGGCACUGGGGCUCACCCACCCAUCCACCUUCACAAUGCCAGGCCGUGGACUGUCCUCUGCUGCUGCUGGGACCGUGCCAGCAGCCCAGGGCACAGAGGAGAGCUGGGGCACCCCUCCCUCAGCUCAAGGGUUUAUGAGAGGCUGUGGGGCUGCCUUGCAAUGGGCCACAGCUGGUCUGACAGAUCCUAUCAUGUUGCCUUUCCUGAGGGCAGGAACGGGACCACAAGACAACGGAUAAGACAGUUUUCACUACUUUGGCUUGGCUGGCAGGUGCCAGGGCCCUUGGUGUCACCAUGCAGGCAGCUGCUGCACCGUGCUGGGAGGUGCCACAGCUGUGCCACAGAGCUCUGCAGAUGUUGGCAUUCCCAUGGAUGGGCUCAUGGCUGGCUCCCCAGUGGGAAGAGGUGGCUCCCAGAUGCAGGAUCUUCACCAAUGCAUUGUGACAAAAGUGGCCUUUGCUUACAGACAGCUCCUGCAAACAUCCUGUGAGGGGGCACAGGAGGCUGGGGAUGAGCUCCUUCCUUGGCUGCGAGGAGGCAGCAAAGGUUUCCUGCCCAUUAGUGCUCUCUCCAUGUACCCAGCAGGGCUGGCAUGGUCGGUGGCCAAUGUGCAGACAGAUGUGGACACCAAGCUGUAACAACCAGGUGCUGGUGAAUCCAGAUGCUUUACCAGUCUAGCCUGAAAAAUACAUUCACCAUCAUGUUACAACUGCUGCAGCUCACUGAAUUUGCUGGAGUUUGGCUUCCAAAAUCAGAUGGGAAUUUAAAUGUAUAUUUUGAAUGUCUCUACCACUGAAAUCACACUUGAUUUAAGCAGGAACUGUCAGUCCUCAGGAACAGUGAGGAUAGCCUUCCUGGGAAUGAUGAGUCCAAGGCAGAGAGACAUGGAGUCUCCGCCCCACUGAGAAGUCCUGUUGCUUGAAAGGCUAUCCAGAGCACCUCCAGCGUUCUCCAUGGAUCCUCGGCUCUCUGGCCAGUCCUCCAGCAGGUCUGGCACCAGCAGGACUGUGCUGACAGCUGUCCCUGUCUCCUGCAUAGCACAUCGCCAUCGCUGCCUUGCUCUGGUGCAGGCAGAGGUGCACAUACUGUAAGUGUAUUUAUCUGAAAUCCCAGCUCUGCUCCUCACUAGGGAAAAAUCUGCUGCUGCAGAAAUACCUCUCCACUCGCUGGUCAGAAAAGUCCCAAAACAACUGAAGUCCUUAAAAAUGGAAAGAACAUUGCAUCUUUAAAAAUAUUAAAAUGUAGAAAUUUAAA